UUUCAAAUGGCGUCCUACUUUCUUUACUAGUGCACUAGGUAGGGCGUGUCAUAACGGGCAUGCGCGGCUUGUAUAUAGUGCCCUACAUGUCGAGAAAUAUAGGAUUGGAACACACCGGAAGUUAAAGUAAAAACAUUUCAAUUCAUUUUGUAUUCUUACAAGGACAUUUUUUUAAAAAUAGUAUUUUAUUGUAAUUUUGUAAGUUUUGUUUGUCAAGCGCGUCAGCUUGUGAAUUCAUAAUUAAUAAUAAGUAUUUUUUGUUCACCGUAGACGUUUAAAAACGUUUAAAUGUGCCAUUAGCUGCUCUCAUGUCCGUCCCCUUUGCCCCACUUUGUCUGAAAGGAAGGGACGUUGUUUAUCUGUCACCGGCUCUGUGUGUGUGUUGGUGUUUGUUUGUUGUGUUCAUCACUCUACAGAAAUUAAACUUAGUUAUUAAAAAUCACAACAAUGCCGUUAUUUCAUUCCGACCUGUGGGGAGUGUGUGUGAAGUACAUCAGCUCUACACCCUGUACUGUAGUUUUAGGAGCAGUUACAGCUUCACUUUUGUACCUCUAUGGCAGCAGCAAGGCUCAGGUACCGGUGUUGAUGUGUGCCGACGGAUUCCGGGCGUUCUUGCACACACACUGCCCCGUUGUGUUGGAGCGGUUUUGCCCAACGCCGUGGUGCUGGGGCGGCCGAGUGCAGACGCUCGUGCGUGUCUUCAUCAAGUCCUGCCCUGCUGUCACAUAUCGCAACGAGAUAAUCAGGACAGGUGAUGGCGGGCAGCUCUCUCUAGACUGGGCGGAUAACCUGGAUAGUGCAAAAUACCCACAAUCCUCGUCCCGGCCUACGGUGCUAAUCCUGCCCGGGCUGACAGGAAACAGCAGGCAGACUUACGUCCUGCACAUGGUCCAGCAAGCCGUACGACAUGGAUACAGGUGUGUGGUGAUGAAUAACCGGGGUUUUGGAGGAGAAGAGUUGCUGACUCCUCUCACAUUCUGUGCUGCCAACACUCAGGACGUGGAGACAGCUGUCAAUCAUGUGAAAGAGCUCUACCCACAAGCCCCUCUGCUCGGAGCUGGGGUCUCUCUUGGGGGGAUGCUGCUGUUGAAUUAUCUGUCGCGUAAAGGGCGUGACUCGAAGAUGAUCUCCGGUCUCACCCUGUCCGUGAGCUGGAACUCGUUCGAAUCCUCCAAAUCGCUGGAGCAGCCAAUCAACAAGCUGCUGUUCAAUCGCCAUCUCACCAGUAACCUGCGCCACACCAUCAACAGACACAGAAAGAUCCUGGAGAAGGUGAUCGACAUAGACCAUGUAUUAAAGGCACGUACGAUUCGUGAGUUUGACGAGCGCUUCACAUCUGUGAUGUUUGGCUACAAAUCGUGCAUCGAUUAUUACCAGGACGCGAGUCCGUGUAACAAACUGCCCCAGAUAGCUGUCCCUGUGCUGUGCCUCAACGCCGCAGAUGAUCCCUUCUCCCCAAAACACGCUUUCCCAGUAACUCUGGCUCCGCGCUCGCCAAACGUGGCUCUCUUGGUGACAUCACACGGAGGGCACAUCGGCUUCCUCGAAGGGCUUUUCCCGCACGGCGAAGGCUACAUGGAUCGAGUGUUCAGUCAGUUCGUCCGAGCUGCUUUCGAGCACCAGGAGGACCUGAAGGAGGCCUGCAGCAGCGACAAGUAGCACAAACCUCACAGCAGCUCAGAUUAACCACAAACCAUUAACCAUUAAUACACGAAUUCUCGAAACCUCGUUUGGAUAGCAGAUUAGAAGGAAGUUUCACUUAGAAAUGACUCUGAAAAUGCGCGGAAUUUUUUACAGCGUGCCAUGAAGUGCUCUUAAAAGGGAUCGAGGGUUUUCCAUUGAGAUCCAGUUUGUUGGCUGUCAAAAUUGUAAAAUUUGUAACGCUUGCUAAAGAUGAGGUUAGGUUAAAAUUUAAAUAUAAAAACAAACAUACAUAUACAAUUUUUUUUAUUUACCUCAAGACAUGCUGGAUGUCCAAGAUUUCCGUCUUUUUUCAUAUAAAUAUAUUAGGGGUUGCACGACUAUUAAUUAAUAUUUACCAGUGGACCAGUAAUUCCAAAAAGUAGUGGACUAGACGUCUUUUCUACAAAAAAGAAACAGCUAUUCGGAGAUCAUAGUUUUUCAGGUUGUUUUUACUAAUCCCUUUGCAAAAAACUGUGCAAAAUAAUAAGUUGUACCGUAUUACACUACUUAAAGUGCACCUAUUAUGGUUUUGAAACGUGAUUAAUUUUGUUUUAAAGCUCGCAUACAAUAGAUUUAGACGCAUCCGAGGUCAAAAAACACUUUAACGUGCUCUUAAUUUAAACUGCAGCAUUUCCUUUUUCCCCCCGGUGUCACGAACGACUCACUCGAUGAUCCGUUCUAAAGGAUUCAUUCGAAACUCCUCCUUUCAGAGAGCAUACUCUGCUCUGAUUGGACAGAUGUCCCAGUCUGUCGUGAUUAGUCUACUGCGGCAGCGUGUGUCGGGAAAAGGACACGCCCACUACCGUAACGAGUUUCAGCUCCGUCUGUCAGUGAGCAGACGAUGAAGAUCAGAGGGGCUUUUUGUUACAAACUUACGUAGGUUAGUACAGGACGUAAAGUCUAGAAUCACUAACGAUUCAGUUCAGCUGUUUGGAAUCGAUUCCUUCUUUUGUGAGUCGAUUGUGCGUUUUGAUUCUUGAAACUUUUCAGAUGUUGUUUUUACAUUCCCGAACAGCUCUAUAACACGCUACAUGAAAGGUAAAAUCUGGAAAACCAUAAUAGGUGCACUUUAAGGACGUACCAAUUCUUAAAAAGCACCGGUGCGGAAGAUUCGCAGCUGAAACGAUCGAUUCUGGAACUGGGAGCGCAGCAUGGAAGCUCAUGUCCAUCGACAACCUUUAUUAUAGCGCAGUGAGCGUUGUAUGGAGGAUGCAGUGCCUAUCGGAAGUCCAACCGGAGCGGAGAUGAGUUCGGCUAACAAGUAUUGAAAACAACAAAAUGUACCUGAAAUAUUCUAUUAAAUAUAAUAAUUAAUUUUCUUUACAUAUUCAGUGCACUCCAUCUCGUGUAUUGAACAGAUAGGGAAGUUUCUUGCGAAGCCGCAGUGUUUCCUCUUUUCCCCGAUUGACGUUGUCUAUGUUUCCGGCUCAACUGAAACUUUAUUAAAAAGCCUCCGGGCCGUGUUUCGCAGUAAUUCAGAAUAAAGCCGAGCUCAUUAUCCGGUAGAGAGAGUGUUCAGUGUGAUGCUCGCUCUACCAUUGAGCCAUAAUCUUUGCUUUUGGGAUACGAACAAAGGUCAGCUCUAUCCUCUUCUGGCCAAGAUAUUUUUACCUCGUACUUUAGCGUUCCAGCAUGUCUCUGAGGAAGCACAGGCAAGAGCAUAUUUUUUUAGGUGAAAUUUCCAUGUAAUAUAAGACAAUGUUUAUAAAUAUAUAUUUUUAUUAAGUGCAGUAGAUAAGCGGCAAGAAGAAACAUUAAAUUCUAUCUAUCUAUCUAUAUCUAUAUAUAUAUAUAUCUAUCUAUAUCUAUCUAUAUAUAUAUAUAUAUAUACACACACACACUGUAACAUUAAUUGGCAUUUAUUAUUGUUCCUUAUAUCCCUUCAUGUCAGUAUAUAAAGAGGUUUUUUUUUUUUUUUUUUUUUUUUUUAAUAAGGUCACUGGAAAUUUUUUUUUUUUUUUUUUUUUUUUUUUUUUUUUUUUUUUUUUUAUAGAAAUGAUGAAGAAUGUACUGUUUUAGUAUUCGAACCUAUCGCACCAACUUUCAGAAUCUGGACAUACUUGACGAGGCAUAUUUAGCCUUUUGUUUUCCACCGCUGUUGAAUGUGAUUACGAUAAAAUAUUUUUACACUCCCAGUGAAACGGACGAGAAAAGGAAUUUAGACAUGGCUUAAAUCGACCGUCAUUUGAAACUGUUUAAUUAAUGCGAAUAAGAUAAUAGCGAUUCGUUUAACGCAAUAAGAACACGGAAAUACACCAACAAUCGGAUACGAGUUUUACCACACAAAAAAAAACUACAAAAAAAACACACAAACAAGUAGAAUAGUCUUUCAUUGGCUUGAACAUUUAUUUGAAGACCCUGGACUUCAGGUUUCCUCAAAUAAUUUAUAUGCUGAAAUAAUUCACGGAAAGAAAGAAAAAAAAUAACGGGGUCCAACAGAAAAUGUGCCUUUAAAAUGUUAAGGUUGUAAAAUUAUUAUUAUUAUUAUUAUUAUUGCACAAUCAUUUAUAUUGGUCUUAUUAUUGUGGGUUUAAUAAUAUUGUUUUUCAUUUUUAUAUUAAGAUGUCUAAAUGUUAGAUAUUCCGUGCCAUCAUUACAGCGUAUCUGAAUUUUUAAAUUAUUUUUAUUGAUUUCCUUCAUCUCAGUUCUGUGCCUCUGAACCAGACAGAUCUCAAUCUGCAGUGCUAUAAACCACACGAAAUCUAACCUAGUGCAAACGUUUUGGUGUAUCCCUUCCCCUGUAUUACGCUAUUAUGCAAAGUCAGUUGUCAGAGAGAGUUAUGCUGUGGAGUCGUCACUGCCUCCUGCAUUAGAAAACCACGUGACAACGUUUUAACUGCCUAGGGUUCAAGAUAAUCAGGGCGACUGCUGUAUUUCAGCAAUUAAGUUAAAAUUUUCAAGCCGGCAGACAGUUGUGAGCUCAAAUCCCAGGCCGGCGUUGCUUCUUCGAGCAAGACGUAGUCGGCGGUUGUAGGCUCUGAUUGCUUCCCACCUCUUGUCUCGGACAAAAUGAAUUAAUAAAUGGGUGGUCCGAUGAUUAGUGGCGUUUCACUCUUGCAGCUCUUUCAAGUGUUUCUGAAACGAUUUGUUGGAAGAAACAUUUGAAUCAAUCUCAUGCAACAUCUCAUCUAUACAAGGUUCAUUACUGACAGUGAAUUAUGCUAAUUAUGCUAAUAAGGCGUUAUAGACCUUUUAAUGAUUUACCUGACUUUUACAUUUUAUUAAUUUAAUUAAAACACUUUUUUUUUUAUUAAUUUCAAUUUCUGUUAAUUUCAUCACUUUCAGCCUUUAAUUUGGGUAACGAGGUUAUACUUUCAAAGUGACCUUUACUGGGGGGAAAAAAAAAACGAAUGAGAGAGCGUACUUUUCUUCUUGGCAUGAUCCUCGGGAAAGUUUGGAUGAUGCAACUUUCCGUCGAACAUGUGACUUAUGGAAGGGUCCAAAUAUUUCAUAGGGGUGAGUGUGCUUAAAAAUGAGAUGUUCAAUAGAUUCACACUUUAACGCACAACUACUAAGUAUUAAAGAUUGUAGUGUUUUUUUGAAGAAUUGUAAUUCUUUAUUUAUCAGAAUCAUGCACAUAGUUUAUUUGUGUUUUAAACUGCUUUUGACCUUUACUUUACAUACAUAUUUGUAGACGUAAUAUCAGUAGGACACAUAUCGUGGAAUCGGCCAAAUAUUGAUUAUUAUCCCACUGUAAAAGAGGCCAUGAGUAUUAAAGCACUUAAUUGUCUUUGUACUGACUACAGGUUACUGUUGCUACCUGUAGUUUAUUAGACUGAUUAUAAAGUAUGUUUUCCUUAUAGCUUGAAUGACUUUUGAACGACUGGAAUAUUGUUAUUAUUAUUAUUAUUUGAAAAAAAUUUGGGGCUUUAAAAUCGAGUUCGUGCUAUAAUUUUUUCAGUAUAUCAGCACUGAUGUGCGAAUUGAGGGAGAAGUGUAAAAUUGAGCCAUGUACACUUUACUAUCUGGUUCUGAAUCGGUCGUUUGCGUUUCCUGUGAACUGGCCGGCCUGGAGUCGGCCAACAAAGCCAGAGCUCUAAAGAGAAAAUGACGGACUAACCUCCUAUAUAGUAUGUAGCUUGUCUGCUUGGUAUGUUUAUGUUCAUGAUGUCUUUUUAAUCUGUGACCACUUACAGUUUUUAAAAUCCUUGACAGUAUAUGGAUAAUGAACAAUAAUCGUACAUCAGAGAAAUGUGAAACGAUGUAUUUUUAUGCAGACCAUGUGUAUAAAAAUGGAAGAGUAGAAGGUACAACCUGCAGUACAAGUGUGUGUUUGACAACCAAGUACUUGUAAUGUACAUGGAAGAAAAAUCACUGUUCAACUUCUAGAGAAUUGUAUUCACAGCUGAAUGCUGUACUGUACACGCUGUAUUGGUUUUUGAAGCUUUCCUUGGUCUCGGUAUAAAAUCUCACCAAGUUUUCAUUAUUCUGAGUGUAAUAUAGGGAAGUGCACUGAAGUUUAAUACUGAAGCAUCAAUAAAAUGCUCAAGGCAA